AUGUGCAGCAUUUGCUUAGCACAAAACUCCCCGGAAGAUUUCCUUAAAGGGCACAACGAAGCUCGCGCAGAGGUUGGAGUUAAACCACUGACAUGGAACGAAUCCCUUGUAGCCUAUGCUCAGAAAUAUGCGGACUCGAAGAAAAAGGACUGCGAAUUGGAGCACUCUAUGGGGCCUUAUGGGGAGAACCUGGCAGAGGGUUAUGGCGAUUUUAGUGGCGAGGAUUCAGUGAAACUGUGGGUAGCGGAGAAACCCUUCUAUGACACGGAGUCCAAAAAGUGUGUUAAAGAUGAGUGUUUGCAUUACACUCAGGUGGUUUGGAACACCACAGAGAGUGUUGGUUGUGCCAGAAGCAAGUGUGCCAAUGGCUGGAUGUUUGUCAUCUGCAAUUAUUACCCACCAGGGAAUUACAUAGGCUUAGCACCUUACUAA